UCUGACACAGCAGCUCCACUCUGUCCUGAUGUUUCCUGGUUCCCUCCCCUUCAGAUCUACAGUUUGAAGGUGGGUGUAACCAACAUGUGGUGACGUGCGAGAGCUGACAGACCCCGUUCACUGCACAAACACAUGUUGUGUAGAUCAGCGCUCAAACUGGUUUCACUUGUCAGAAAGUGAAACUCAGACAGUCGUUGACACUGAGAGGUGAAAUGGCGCAGAAAGGAGUUCAGCUGGACCGGGAAGCCUUCUCUUGUUCCAUCUGUCUGGAUCUACUGAAGGAUCCAGUGACUAUUCCCUGUGGACACAGCUACUGUAUGAACUGUAUUAAAAGACACUGGGAUGAGGAAGACCAGAGACAUGUCCACAGCUGCCCUCAGUGCAGAAAGACGUUCAGACCGAGGCCUGAACUGGUGAAAAGCACCAUGUUAGCAGCUUUAGUGGAGGAGCUGAAGAAGACUGGACUCCAAGCUGCUGCUGCUGAUCACUGCUAUGCUGGAGCUGAAGAUGUGGCCUGUGAUGUCUGCACUGGGAGGAAACUGAAAGCCCUCAAGUCCUAUGGGAAGAUACUUCAGCUGGAGGUGGAGGCCAUCAGUCGCUCUGCUGAUAAAGCAGUGGAGCACAGUGAGAAGAUCUUCACCGAGCUGAUCCGUCUCCUGGAGAAAAGACGCUCUGAUGUGAAGCAGCAGAUCAGAUCCCAGCAGGAAACUGAAGUGAGUCGAGUCAAAGAGCUUCAGCAGAAGCUGGAGCAGGAGAUCACUGAGCUGAAGAGGAAAGACGCUGGUCUGGAGCAGCUCUCACACACAGAGGAUCCCACCCAGUUUCUACUCAACUACCCCUCAGUGUCAGCACUCAGUCAGUCUACACACUCAUCCAGCAUCGACAUCCGUCCUCUGACAUACUUUGAGGAUGUUACAGCAGCUGUGUCAGAGGUCAGAGACAAACUACAGGACAUUCUGAGGGAGACAUGGACAAACAUCUCACUGACACUGACUAAGCCCAAGCCCAGAGAUGGAUUCUUAAGAUAUUCAUGUGAAAUCACUCUGGAUCCAAACACAGCAAACACAUGGUUGUUAUUAUCUGAGGGAAACAGAAAAGUAACAUCGAAAAAACAACUGCAUUAUUUUAUUUUCAGUCAACAACAGUCUUAUUCUAGUCACCCAGACAGAUUCAAUGGCUGGUUUCAGGUCCUGAGUAGAGAGAGUCUGACUGGACGUUGUUACUGGGAGGUGGAGUGGAGAGCGAGAGGAGUUGGAGUAGCAGUCACAUACAAGGAUAUCAGAAGAACAGGGGAGUCAAAUGAAAGUCGAUUUGGAUACAAUGACAAAUCCUGGGCAUUACAUUGUGACCAAAACAGUUAUAAUUUUUGCUACAACAACAUCCAAACUCCCGUCUCACGUCCUCGGUCCUCCAGACUUGGAGUGUACCUGGAUCACACAGCAGGUAUUCUGUCCUUCUACAGCGUCUCUAAAACCAUGACUCUCCUCCACAGAGUCCAGACCACAUUCACUCAGCCUCUCUAUGCUGGACUUGGGCUUUAUUGUGAUGGAAACUCAGCUGAGUUCAUUAAACUCAAAUAGACAGAAGUGACUUCAGAUGCAGUUUGUUAAAAUCUUUAUUUUAAAGCUGAAACUUCUUAGUUUUCCAUGUUUGUUGCUUGGAGCCUAAACUGACAUCUGUCCAGAUGAAAAUGUAAACUUCUCUGUGCUCUAAAUGUUGGAGGAAUAUUUGCAUUGAUGUGUUUGUGUGUUGUUGUGUCUCCUCCAGAGAAAUCACCAGACUUUCCUUUAUCACUGAGGUUUUGUUCUCACCACUUUGUCCAUGUGUAAAGAAAUGUAUAAUGACACUGUUGUUGUCCUAGUUGAUAAAAAUAUCUGGAGACCUCAUGCAUGUGCAGCCGACUCUUGUUUACUUCAGAUGCUGUCAAACCAGAGAAUCAGACAGAUGUGUGUGAGAUAGAGAGAAGGGGAAGUCCAACAUUCUGUGCCACCACAUCAGCUGGUGACGCUGUGGUCAGAGAAUCAGACUUGUUCAAAAUCCUUUGCAGCUUGAGAAACUGUUCAGCUCUGGUAGAAAUAAAACCAGCAGGAAAAUGGAGAAUUCAACUGAUGCACUGCUCAUUAAUUUGUUUCGUUCAACUCUAAACCAGUAUAACCACCCUGAGGUUUGCCUGCCCCUUUGC